AUGGAAAAAAUAUCUGUAAAUAAUGGGACAACUUUUUCACAAUCUCCUCAAGUCUAUAAAUUUAUCACAGAAUGUCCAGACUAUUUAUCAUCCAAUGGGAAUGACUUCAGUUGUGGUAAUAGUAGUAAUAGUAACCAUUGUGAUAGUGAUAAUGAAUUCGAUUCACAUGGAGGAGGAGGAGGAGGAGGAGGAGGCAUUGGCGUUGGAUCUAAUGACGUGCAUAUGACAAUGAAUCUCCCAGAAGUUAGUAGUCCGACUCCAACUGCAUCCUUGUCUUUUAUUCAUCCAUCACCGUCAACUGGGAGUAAACGUCGACUAGUUGUCAGCAGCAAUACUGAUGACACUAUCACCGCCAGCACUAACAAUACUACUCCUCUAGUAUUUACUCAACAAUCAUCAGAUGAACAUCAUUAUUUAUCUGGUGAAAAGUUAACACGUGGUAAACAAAAAAUCCCUAUUGAAUUUAUCUCUGAACGUACUAAACGAUAUUCAACAUUUUCAAAACGUAAAACAGGUCUAAUGAAAAAAGCGGUUGAAUUAGCUGAAUUAACCGGUGCUGAAGUCCUUCUACUUGUUGCUUCAGAGACAAAUCAUGUUUAUACAUUUGCAACACAACGGUUGAAAGGUAUUAUUGAAUUAGAGUGUGGUAAAAAAUUAAUUCAAACAUUUAAAACAAUUAGUCCCUUUUAUAAAUUUUGA